AUGACCAAAAAACAUUCUAAUUCUCGAAUUCCAUCUGUCGCCUCUCAUCGUACUGAGCAGGAUGGCAUUGCUGGCCGGCAGCGUCAGAACAAAAGAGACGAGGCCAUUCGUAAAAAACUCGAGCAAGAAUUUUCAAAGAAACGUGCGAGCUCGACACGCAUACGACAAACUCGAAAGAUUGCUGGCACCGUUUCGGCCUUGCGUCCGUCGCAGGCUUUAACCGUGAAAGAGAGCUUGUUGGUCAUUGAAGCUUCUCAGCUCAUGGCAGCCAAACGAAGCGAUUGUGUUUUGGUAGUCGACGAGGACGAUCAUUUGAGCGGUAUUUUCACGGCAAAAGAUUUGGCGUACAGAGUCGUUGCUGAAUCGUUGGACGCUAGAGCAACACCGGUAGCAGCUAUCAUGACCAAAGGACCAAUGUGCGUUACGGCCGACACCUCUGCUACUGAUGCGCUCAACCUCAUGGUGACUCGCGGCUUCCGUCACUUGCCCGUGUGUAACGAAGAAGGGGAUAUUUUUGGAUUACUCGACAUUACAAAGUGUUUGUAUGAAGCUUUGGAUAAGAUGGAACGUGCCUAUGGCUCUUCGCGUAAACUGUAUGAUGCGCUUGAAGGUGUCGAGCGUGAGUGGUCUAGCAGUCCAGUCCAGUUGGUGCAGUACAUGGAAGCCUUGCGCGAUCGUAUGUCUUGUCCAGACCUCGGAUCGGUUCUCGAUGGCACUCCGCCAGCUGAAGUGAGUAUCAAGACCAAUGUCCGUGAUGUCGCACGCAUGAUGAAGGACUACCACACUACUGCUGUCCUAGUGGCUGAUCGUGAAGGAUUAGCAGGCAUUUUCACAACCAAGGAUGUUGUUUUACGUGUGAUUGCCGCAGGCUUAAACCCGGAAAACUGUUCGGUUGUCCGUGUCAUGACACCACAUCCAGAUACGGCUACUCCUCAAACGACCAUCAUGGAUGCCCUUCAUCGCAUGAACGACGGACACUACUUGAACCUUCCGGUCUUGGACAACGGGAAGGUUGUUGGCAUGGUGGAUGUGCUGCGACUCACGUAUGCUACUCUGGAGCAGAUCCACAGUAUACAAGGAAACGAUGGUGAAGGACCAAUGUGGUCGCGUUUCUGGGAUAGUUUUGGAGCGACGGAAAUGGGAGAAAGCGAAUCACAGUCGUCCGAUCCACAUUCGUCUCCUCACCAAUCAGGCCACCUGGCACCUUCCGCAAUGAACGCGAUUUCGCCGGAACCUUCCGCGUCCCUCUCACAACUGCAAGGUUUCCCCGAAAUCACGCCCAACGAAUCCGCCAGCAUGGUGGCUCACAACGAAGACAGCUUGUCCCACGUUUCUUCACGCCAGCACAGUCGAAGCAUCAACCAUGACGACGGCACAUUUGCCUUCAAAUUUACAUCA